CCCCGCAUUCGCGUUCGUUGGCUGUUGCGAGAGGUUUGUUUUUGUGUAUACGGAGCGCGUCGAUUAUUUUAAUUGACAUUUUUUAUACAGUUUGUGAAAUGCGGCAAGUUUAAUGUAAUUUCCAGUGGUAAAUUAAGUGCAGCAUAAAUACACAUUUUUAAAAUAGUGCGGUUUAUGUAUAAUUUCCAUAAAAACUGCUAAAUUGAAAGAACCAGAACGGUGUGUGUUUGUGAUUUUACAAAUUCCAAGCCCAAACAAAAAUAAAUAAAAUAAAAUAAAAAUUUCUAGUGAGCGCACCGCGCGGCUUGUUAAAGUGUGAAACAAGCAUAACUACACAAAUAUAUAUACAUAUAUACAUUAUAAAAAGUGUAGCGAACUAAAAAUUGGGCACAAUCAACGUGUCAUAGCGGGUCGCUGAAGGAAGCCCACAAGCAACGAAAGCGCCAUGAAAAACAGGUGCUAAUGCAAAUAAGAACAAAUCCAAUUAGAAAAAUAUUUAUGCGUUAAAGAGACAAGCCUCGAGCGCGAACCUAUUUGGCCCACCCACUGGGCGCCAUACAAAAGCACGCGCGGGUCAACACCGACACAGCGCGCUUAGCUUAACAAGCGUACGCGACAUUAGUGGCCCAAACGAUUUAAAAAAAAUAAGCAGAAAACAGAAAAUAAAAUUGCGCACAACGCAGCCCCGCUGCCGACUCACAGCCGUUUUUAGCAGCGCGCACGAAGUGCACAACGACGGGCGAGUGAACCAUUUGCAACGCCAACAGCACCACCAGUUUGUCAGUAUCUCUCCAGCGUUCAGUGCGCGUUCGGGCCAAGCGUGAAACGCAUCGCUGCGUCAACUGUGAGCUAAGUAGUGAAUCAGUGAGCGCUCAUAUUUGUUUAAUAAAAAUUUCAUUGAAAUUUACAUAAAAUACUGCUAAAAAGGCAUUCAAUUAAACAAACAAAAAAUUAAAUAGCGCAGAAUUCAGCAUUAAUAAAAUUACCAGCGAAAACCGCCAAGAGUGCAAAACGAAAUUUUCUCUGCGCGCACCUGCCGCGCGACCUCCUUUUCUCAAACAUACUAAACGCGCGCGCGCCUCCCCUCCGCUUGUAGUUAUGGCCGCCACACCGUUGACCCUGAUGGAUGGCAGCAUCGCAUCAACCACGGUUACAGCAGAUGCCACUUUGGCAACAGCAGUAGCUUUGGAUAGUAGCAGCAGCAACCAAAGUGGUGUUGCAACUCAACCUGCCGUGAGACCAACAAUGCUAUUUGGUUCUACUGAGCGUUUAGACACAUCCGCUGCCGUCACGAAUGUGCUCAUCUCACCAAAUGGCAGUUGCAGCGGCAGCGGUAAUUCCGCCGCCACAUCGCCAUCAUUUCUGCCGGAGAUGCCACAAUGGAAAAAAGACUUAAUACAACGCCGCAAAUCGAAUGUGGCACGUACGAUUGGUGCUGCAACAGCAGCAGCAGUGAUGUCGCCGAUAUCCGCGGCAGCACAACAACAGCGUAGUGGUGGUCAACAGCAUUCUCCAACAACGACAAACACAACAACAACAACAGCUGCAGAUGGUUUUUCGCCAACAACAAUAACGCCAAGCAGAGACUUAACCGCGGUCGCUUCUAAGUCCGGAAUUCAAGUAGCAACCGUAACAACAACAACCAAAGUAAGCAAACUAACAGCUAGUCAAUACCAAUACCAAGAAGAGCUAGAAAAACUCCAUUGUAUUCAACAAAAGCAUGCAACGGUAAUCACUGCCGCUGAGCAACAACAGCAAAUGAGUCUGAUUAUGAAAAGGCCAACGGCAACGGCCCCAGCAUCUCCCACAGCACCAGCAGCAGCAAUUGGAGCAGCUACAAUUGUUUCACCAACACCAUGCGCUGCCAAACGCAACUCACCAACAAGCAGCAACAAUAGCACGCCGACAAAAGAAAAAUCUGAAAGAAUUCUAGUCGGGGGUCAUUACACGCCGCAGCAGCAGCAGAAUAGAGAGCGUCGAGAGAGUGGCGGUGAUCGCCAAGAUUGGGAUACUACACACCGAGAAUUUGUGUCGCCAACAAAAACAAUAGUAACAGGGGCAGCGGUGCCAAUACCAAAGCAAAGAUCAGCAUACUCGCCGAUAAAGAAUGCUUCUUCAACUGCAGCCAAAGAAACUAUUGCUGGCGAGAAGAGCGGCACAACAACCCGUUUAACAGGUAAAACUGUGACCGCAGCGGCAGCUGAAGUGGUGAGCGAGAAGCGGCAGAGCACAGCUGGUGGUGGUGAAGUAACCAUCGAAGGUAACAACACUACCACCACCGACACAGCCGGCAGUGGCCACGGCGGUGGUGAUGGUGAUGGCGAUGGCGAAGAAUGUACGGAAAAUGAAACUACAGCACUCAAAGCGGCAGUGUCAGCAGAGAGUGGUGGAACGUAUGCAGUGACAAGCAGGCAAAUACCAUCCACAAUACAGGCUGGCUCACCAACUAGAGCGAAGAUGAGCGCAGUGGCAGUGGCAGCGUCGACGCCUCUAUCGCCAACAUUGGUCGCCGCACAAGCGACUCAGUCACAGCUAUCGCAACAGUUUCAUUCGAAGAACGAGCGCGAGCGGACGUACACGGAACAACGCGGCGCGUCAUCGUCGGCCGGGAACAAUAGUAGUUAUAUAUCUACUGCAAAGAAAGUGCAAACACAAGAAAAUACUGCAGCAACGGCUAUUAGCAGCAACACCCCUUACAGCGCCACAUCCAGCACGUACUCGCCAUCUAAUUACGUGACUCCACCGCUGACCAGUAGUACCAGCAGCAGCGGCAAAAUAUUUUCAAAACUUCACAACAAUCAGUUCAUAAAGAACCAACAGCUGCAACAGGCUGGCGCACAAACGAGUGCUGCAACGCAAUCGAAUAUUACGGCGCGUUAUCUGAAAUACAAAUCAUCAUCGUACACAUCGCAUGCGCCGGAAUCCGCAGGCGGCAGUGAAACUGGUUCGGGCUACACUGGUUUGCCGGGCACUUACUCGCCAACAAAGUCGUUUGUGGCACCCACGGCAAGCGCCAUCAAAAAGAAAAUGGUCGCCGUGCAGGAGAUGAAGACUACACAGCCGAGUGGCAAUCAUCCGCAUCGCGCACAUCACAAUCACCACCAACAGCAGCACAUCCAACAGAUGAUUGGUACCGGAGGAGCUGGUGGUGUCGGUGGUGGCGGGACUUGCGCACGUCCAAUGGCGCUGACGGGCGGGCGUGCACGCCCACCCAGCCAAUCAGAGGAGGUGGAGGUGAACUUCGACCCAGGCGAGGAUCUGAGCUAUGGACCAGGCAUAGUUUCAAAGUUGCGGUGCCGCUACCUCAGCCUCGCCUUUCGCGAAUCCAUGGAAAAGGAGCGUCACUGUCUCGAUAAUAUGCGGCGCGCCACCAGUCUGAACAAUUUACUCGAUCGCGACGAUCCAGCCGAUGAGGAUGAUGAGCCAGAAGAUGACCUGGAUGGCGGCGAAGCAAUCGAUUUGGAAGUGCGUGAAGAGGACGAAUAUGUUGAGCUGCGCGCGGAUGCAGACAAAACGAUGGCCGCUGAGCGCAAGCUAAAAACACAGGGUGGCAUACUGAAGCACAACAACGACGCCGCUGCUGGCGCGCAGGAGAACACCAAAAAGACUACAACAUUUCAAAAGCAUGCAGCGGGCACUUUUGCCGCGAAUGGUUCUCGUUUGCCGCACUCGGCACCGGCAGGCGGUGCAGGCAUUGCGACAAAUGCCACCAAUGUCGGUACGCCCGAUACACCGCGUUCGCGUCAUGUAAAACGCGGAAAUGAUUCGUUAAAACGCGCGCGUUCCGUCGAAGCGCUACUCUGCGAACGCACGCCCUGGCAAUACGCGGCGCUCAAUCGCAGCAGCUAUCAGCCACAACGUUUUGCGGCCACUGGCAAUGCAAAUUACGCGCUGUCGCAGCCGACUUGCGUCACCAUCGAGGAUAAGAUAAAUAACGGACGUAGUCGCCUGCUACUCGGCACAGAUGUUAUGCCACCGAAGCGCUUGACCUCAGUCAUCGAUGAUACGGAACGACCGCCACCCGAUUUGGUCAAGCAAACGCUGAAGAAGUUCGAAGCCACUGCUAAUAGGCGUGGACGCGGCCCGAGUCGCACGAACGGAACCGGCGAGGUCGCCAGCAAGGUGGCCACCUACAAGACUAUCAUUAAGGAGAAUAAGCCUGCUAUUAUGUUUCCCAAACCACCGAUCAGCCCCACUAAGAAGCUGAAUGCGCCAGUGCUCACGAAGCCGGCAGCCAAGCCAGUAGUGGGCGCCGCUGAUUUGCUCAAUAGCCCGCUAGGGCGCAAGACCACUGCCGUCGCAGGCGUCAACACUGCGGCUGGAAAAACGUCGCCGGCGACCUCCAAUGCCGCCGCGGUUACCGGUGUGCUGUCUGCUAGUAGUAGCAAUAGCAGCGCAGUCGGCGUUGGCGGCUUAUCAGAGCACUCGCCCGAUAUCAUUCCAAAGCAUAAGCUUUUAACGGAAAAGAGCGAAUUAUUGGCGCACGGAGUUGUCGAUUCGCCAGUGACAGCUUUAACAAAAAAGCUCGAAAAGCUGCGAAUUGAAACGUCGGUGGAUAAACCAAAACAAGCAAUAACAACAAAGGAAACUAAACAGCCAACACAGUUGAAUAAGCAACAGCAGGCACACUCGGCACUCGAGCCAACCAACAGCGACAACGAAUUCGUCAAUAAUAGCGAGUUGAACAACGACGACAACAACACAAGCAACAGCUAUAGCAACAAGCUCGUGGGUGGUGGCGCUGUUGGCGAGGGUGAAGCGGCUGGCGAUAGUGACGCGGCCCUCGAAGGCAACGAAAAUAGCAACAGCAACUACAACAAGGCGAAACAGCAUAAUGAUCGUGCUGGUACUAGCGCAGCUAGCAGUAUUGGUAUUGGUAGCGUCAGCGGCGUUGACGAGUCAGUCGUAGAACCCGAUUCGGUGCUGGCAGGAACCGCCGCAAUUAGUAGUGAUCUUAGCGACGACGACGACGGACUGGUUGAUCGUAGUAUUGCCGCCGCCGCCGCACCCACAAAACGUAUAACGCGCACAGCACUCGAUAAUAUCGCACGCGCGGGCACCACACAACAAUUCAAAUUCGCUGGCAGCAGUGGACAAACGCAGCAAAAAACGCAAACGAAACAACAACAACUAAACUCUUCCAAUUUGAAUCCCGAUAUACCCAGUUCGGUAUUGAACGCCGCACCGGGUAAGCAAAUCGGGGUCAUACGCCCGCUACCUACCACCACAGCCGCACAACAGGCCGCCAACACCGCUAGUGCCACAAACUCGCCGAGUAUUUCCAAUCAACAGCAAUUGCUGCAACAACAUAUGGAAGCAUUGAAGCAGCAUAACGUUUAUAGCAGCAACUCCACGUCAACAACAACAACAGCCACACAUUCCUCAAUUUACCACCACAGCACACCGUCGCCACCACAAUCGCAACAACAGCAGCUGACAAGCCGCGAAAUUGAAAAGAAUCGCAUAAAUGAAAUGAAGAAAACGGGCGCAUUAGCCGAUGGUGGUGGCCCAACGGCUGGUGGUGUGAUGGUCAGCGCGGGCGCCAGCGCCAAUGCCAAUUCACACGCCGUCGCAGCCGCCAAUGCUAGUCUAAAUACCGUGAUAAAUACCAAUGCGCCUGGCCACAAGUCCAACGCUGGUAUUGGAGCGGGCGCGGCCGCCGGUGCUGCGUCAUCAGCAUCAAGCACUUCCGGCUUUAAUGAGUUAGAUGCGGCAGCGCCAGGCGCUAAUAAUAGCCCCUUAUGGGCGUUACGCAUUAAACGACAGACACCAAGCGUCGCUGCACAGGAGAACACAUCGAUGGUAUUCAACUUCUCCAAUCGCAAAGAGGUGCCCGAUUAUAUCGAGAAUGAUGGGGUGAUCUUUCGCAGAAAACGUGAAUUACCCAAGCCAAAUGAAUCUGGUUUCGUGCUACUCGGUGAUCUCUCAUUGGAAACUUCAACCGAUUCGGAUUAUGAUGAUUUCUCCAUGUGCCCACCAUCUCCCUGCGAUGUUGAAUUCGAAAAUGCUAAUAUUGUGAUCGAUGGAAAGUCAAGCAUUCGACAGAAGUCCAAAGAAGCAACGUUUCGCGUACAAUUCAACGAUACGCUCACCUCCACCUUUGAAUAUCCCUCCGAGGCGUCACUAAUCAUAGACGAUUCCUUCAGCAAUGAUGCGCUGAUAAGCGCCUAUGAGAAUUUUUCAUUGAAUGAUUCAACGGACUCAUCGCCGACGCGACAUCAUCAUGUAGCCGUUGAUGAGAUUAUACAACUGCCAACGCCGGCGAGUCCCUCGCCUCCCGCCAAUAAUGCCAGCAGCGCAACAAAUACGCCAACAAAAAACAUACUGGGGAAUUUGCCAUUAGAUUACCCAAUUUUAGACAAGGGUAUAACGUCACAACAACAACAACAACAGCUACCACAGCAGCAGCCAUUGAGCCCGCAACCAAAUUUGGAAGAAGAGCCAAAUACAGAGAACGUUGCAACGCCGCCUUUGUCAGAGUCAGAGCCAUCGAUGUUGGCGCCAAAUUCAGCGGAGAAGACUCCUUUAUUGCGACCACAGCCCGAAAUAGCAUACAACGCCUUACAACAACCAACGCUGUUGUCGUCGCACGCCGAAAAUACCGACAAGCGCGACGCGGCAGCGCCAACUCACGCGCCAAUGCCACAGCCGCCGGUGCAGCCACAACGACCCACAAAUUUGCCGUUGCCAAUGUCGUUGUUGCCCACAGUGGCGACACAGAAAAAGAGGGAAAAGAAACAACAGGAGGCACAGCAAAAGCAACAGCAACGGGCGUCGAAACAGAAACCGCAAUUGCCAGUCAAGCGGGCGGACAGAGUAACGCGAACUCGUUCCGCGUCGGCGGCACUGGUGUCAAAGGCAUCGCCUGCGAGUGCAUUGCCACAAUUUAAGCCGAUGGAGGCGGAAAUGAAACAGCAAAAAGACGUAAACAAUUUGACGGAAGCAGUAAAGGAGAAGGAGGAAGCGACGACAGUGGGCAAACGGGAAACGCGUAAAAAAUUUGCAAGCGGAAAUUUGCAGCAUCAGCACACCCUGGCUGCCGACGAGGAGGAGGAGGUUGACAAGAGGGAUAAGCGAGCAACGUAUGUGAAACCAACAACAGCAAAGAGCGUGCGGCAGCAAAAAUCAAACGAAUCGACAGCUCACACGGUGGACGAGUCGCCUCCAGCGUUCGGCGUGCGUGGCGCUGCACAACAACCUGGCAUUUUGCGCGAUUUCCAGCUGGCAAGUGUAAACACAAGCGAAAACGAUACCAAAAAUACAACCAAUAACACAGCUGCCUCAGGCGGCGCCAGCACACGCCACACCAGCAACAACACAGCGCGUUUAAGCAACAAAACAACAACAACAGAAAAUCUCACAAACACUACAACAACUAUUACGAAAAAGCCAAUAAGCAAAUACAGAAUGUUUCAUACACUUUUUGAGGCUCCAACAGAAGCAGCAACGACCACAGGCGCGGCCACAUCCGCAUCCCCUCAGCGCCCACGCAAAACGCCUUCAGUGCUCAAUAAGCCACAAUAUGCGCGCUUUUUGCAAAUUGAACUCGCUGCCACCACAGCGCCUGCAGCUGCGUACGCAGCGCGUCAAACGGUCUUACGUACGCGCAGCAAUGAAUUUCAGUGUGGUGCACGUGCGGGCGCUGGUGGCGGCGUCGUCGUCGGCAAUGCGGUAGCAAGCACCGCAAUACAGCGCGCUAACGUAACGUCAUCACAUCAGCUCAUGCAACCAUGCGCAUCACAGCAACAACGCAGCGCUUCAUUUUCUUUUGGUAACAAAAGUGCGCCUAAUGAGCGCUCCACCGAAAAAGUGUACAGCGCACUAAAGGCGCCUGCUACUUGUGUAGACAUUGACACUGACAAGAGUAACGUAAACAAUGCUAAUUAUGCUAAACACGUAAACGGAAACAAUAACAACAAUAAGCAAGCGAUUUUGAGAAGCGUCUCCAAUAGCUUGAAUGGUAUUUCCACCGACGAUGAGUGCUUUGAGGAUGCGAUAGAUUACUUCUAUCCCAUUCCCAUGACACUUGCAUACACAAGCAGUAGCAACAACAAUGAUGAAAACAUUUGUAGUAACACUGAAAGCCAAUGUCACCACACAAAAACAACAACAACAACUACAACUAACAGCAAAAACACGCAAAAAAAAUGUUUUGGUGUCAGUAGCGCUCCCUCUACUGCGCCAGCAGCACCACCCAAACAAUCGCGCACCGUUUGCACCAACCGAACCACCAACAAUAGCACUAGUAACCCUACAACAACAAUAACAACACUUAAAAGCAAUUAUUGUGCCACAACUACACUUAACACGAAGUUUACUAGCAACACUACUACUACUACUACUACUACUCGUACUACUACUACUACUUCACGCAACAAUUCUACUAACUCAAGUCUCACUUCUUCGCCCACUUCAUCUUCUUCUACCACUUUCUAUUCUUAUUCAUCACUUUCUGCAGCGAAUUAUAUGCGCGCCUGUAUAGAUGUAAACAAAAAUCCAAGAAUUCUUCAUAACAACGCUGUCAAGUGUUUAAGUCCGUCUCCAUAUGUGCCCAACAAAAUUGCAUCGUCCUGCAACAGCAAUGCUGCUAGUGUUAUUGCUGCAACCCAGCAUCCAAGUGUCAGCUACAAAGAUGGCGCAUGCUCCCAACCAUCGGCGGCGGCAGCGCUUAUUUCGCCUCUUUCUCUGCCAGUCGCUUCUACUACUUUGCUGCGUUCGCGCAUACCCGGCAACACCCUGUACUAUGUUUGAGUUCCUGUGCGUCUAAAUGUUUGUCCUUUGGCCGGUCGCAAUGGCCACCAUCUGCUCUCCUGAUUUUGUAAAUUGUCUACAUGCGAAAAGUUCAGCGCCGCUUGGUUUCUAUACGCCUGUGAAAGCACCCAUCGAUAACCUCUUUCAAUUGGGCGUAACGCGUGCAC